AUGGCUUUACCAUCCUCAUUCGGCAAUUGGCUCCAAGAAGUCUUCCUAAAACUUGAUGAGGAUCAAGUAUGUCGUGCUGCAAUGUUAUGCUGGGCUUUGUGGAAAGCAAGAAAUGCUACUGUUUGGAACAAAAAAGUGUCUUCCCAUACUGAGAUUCUGGCGUUAGCUUGUACAACCCUUGAUCACUGGCGAAAAGCUCAAGACAAUACAUGUCUAUCUUCCUUGUUCUUUGAGAACAAGGGUGAUGGUGCUGAGCUUUGGACUAAACCUGAAUCAAACAACAUCAAGGUCAAUAUUGAUGACGCCCUUUUUACACAAGAAAAUUCAUACGGCUUUGGAAUUGUGGCUCGUGACAGUCAAGGCAAAAACUUGUUACCAAAGAGGUGA